AUGCCUAUCGCGUUUACUGUUCCAUUACCUAGAUACAAGCAUGGCCAGUGCUUUAGCCUCGCAGUCCGCAACGGUGCUGUCCGCCUCGUGCCCAGCAACCCUGCCGACAAAGUACCAGCACUGGAUCAAGGACACGAGGUCAAGCUCGUGCCGUACAAUCCGAACUACGUGGACAAGUCGGUGUUGUGGACGGAGAGCUGUGAUGUGGGGCAUGGCUUCCGGUGCAUCCGCCCGUUGGACAGCAUCAACCUCAACUUCCACGCCUUCCUGGAUGACAAGAACAAUGGCACCAAUGUCACUCUCAGGCAUUGGUCCGAGUGCGACAACCAGUGCCUGAAGACUCUCAGGCAUUGGUCCGAGUGUGACAACCAGUGCUGGAAGAUUGAUUACUGGUGUGUUAACCCUGAGGUUAACCUUCCUGGGGAUCUGAACUUAGAAGAAAUAGCUAUUGAUUUUCCAGCUUUGAAUGCUGAAAACCAAGCUCCUUUAAAGGAAAAAAGUGAACUGGUUAGACAGUCUUGGGCUCAAGUUGUCUCUACAGGCAACGCCCAAAACAAAGAACCAUUGGUUUUGUGA